AUGCUCUCUUUCCCCACUCUCUGCCGCUUCCACACCCCUCCAAGCUCGCUCUCUUCAAUACCAUCGAUAUCAAGUCAAUCUUACAGUUCCUCCACUCUCUCCCGCUGCCUGUCUUCAUCCUGGCUUGGUCUCUGCCCUUUCUAG